GGCGCUCUCCGGUGCGUGCUCGAGGUCGCGGUCGACGCCUGCUCGCGCGCGGACGACUGGCAGUCGCGCGCUCACGAAGACGCUGACGAGGCCGUGGCGCGGCGUACGACGCGCAGCUUCACAUUUCGCACGAAGCGCGCAAUACCACAAUGAGGCUGCUGCGCGUGCUCGCCUUCGCGGCCGUCGUCGCCUCGACAGAUGAAGUCUACGACUUCACGGCCGCGUCCGCCGACGGCUUCUUCGACGCGUCGGCGCCGUCGGCGGCGGUUGUUGACGGCGCGACGGUGCUGUCCGCCACCACUCCGCUCGCGACGGCGUGCGGCGCCGCGUUCCGCGCGUCCGGCGCCGGCGCGUUUUCCCUCUACUUCAGCGAAGCCAUGGACCCGGGCACGCCGUCGCUCGACCACGACGUCGCGUUGGCCGCGGGCGAAUCCGACGGCGAGGUCCGCUUCUUCGCGUUCCUGCCGUUCGGGCGCGGCGUCUACGUGUCGGCGACCUACGCGCUCAGCGGCGGCGACGGUUUAGUCAAAACCGACGCCGCGGCCUUCGCGUCGUCCGGCGACGCGGCCAGCGACGCCGCGGACGUCGCGGCGACGGCGACGAGCGACGCCGUCGCGCUGGCGCUGUCCGACAUCGGCAGCGCCGUCGUCGCCGCGGCGUUCUUCCACGCGACGCCCGACGACGCGCCCUUCGGCGAGGCCGACUCGUCCGGCGCGCGCCACGGCAUCCAGCGGGCCGACGCCGUCGCCGCGGCGCCGUCGGGCGCGCUCGCCGCGGAGCCGGCGACGACCUACGCGAUCGGCGCGUCCUGGGUCGACGCGUCGCUGGGCGUGUUUCACGCCGCGGCGACGACGACUACCACCCCCGAGGCCGAGGACGGCUCGGGCGACUGCGCGUCGAACAACGUCGCGCUCGCGUCCGCCGGCGCCUCCGUCGCCGCCGUGUCGUCCAACUACGGCGGCGGCUCGUCGUCGUCGUCCUACGGCGCGGACAAGGCCAUCGACGGGUCGGACAGCUCCCAGUGGUCGUCGGACGGCGACGGCGACGGCGCGUCGAUCACCAUCGCGCUGCCCUCGGCGACGGACGUCGUCGGCGUCGGCUUCUACUCCCGGUCGAUGACGAACUCCGCGGUGAUUCAGACCUACGAGGUGCGCUCCGCCGACGGCGAGGUGUUGGCGACCUGCGCGCUCCCGGACGCGACCGCGCUCUACGCCUGCGACGUCGUGGCCGACGGCGCCGAGAGCCUGACCUUCGCCGCCGUGUCGACGACGGGCGGCAACACGGGCGCGCGGACCGUCGAGGCGUGCUGCUCCUGCGACGAGGACGACGCCUCUUGGUUCGCGAAGAAGGCGACGCGCGACUGCGCGUGGGUGGCGAAGAAGAAGACGAAGAGCCGCUGCAAGAAGAAGGGCCGCGACGGCGACGGCAAAAAGAAAAAGGCGAAGGUCGCCUGCCCCGUCGCGUGCUGCGGCUGGAUCAUCGUGCGGACGCCGUUCAUCGGCGACAACAUCUUCCACGCGGAGAUGGGCGAGCUCUACGAGUUCACCGUGGCCGUCGGCGACGUCGUCGCGGCCGACGACACCAUCGCCGUCGUCGACACGCACAAGGCGUCCAUCGACAUCCGGACGCCCCACAGCGGCACCGUCGCGCGGCUCCUCGUCGACGCCGGCACGGAGGUCUACGAGUCCCACCCCGUCCUCGCCCUCACGGGGCCCUCCGCCAACCCCCGCGUCCGCAUGAAGUGA